GUCGUGGCUGUCCCAUGCACCACUUCACGCUCAAUUGCUCCCCUCUCUUCUGCGAGGCUGCAAGGGUUUACUUACAACAACUACCUAACAUUAUUGCCGUGGCGAACCAUGUUCAAGAAGGCUGCAGCAAAAAUCGCCCAUAAUUCGACGAUACCAGCGCUCGCGGGUAAUAGCUAUCUGAGGCAGUUCCAGGAUCUCAUCAACGCAGAAAAGGUUGUUCUGGUCUCAAUCCAGAGACUGGGCGUUGACUUAACUGAGGCUGCGGAGUCGCUCAGGGCGUGGGGGGUUGGUGAAGGUGAUGACCUCGUAGACAUACUCAGUGCAUCCACGACCCUCCUUGUUAACUUUGCUGCGGCGCUGAGCGCGUACGCCAGUACACAUCAUGGCUUCCGAGAUACCAUGAAGUCUGUACGGACGCGCGAGGAGGCACUGGAUGACCUACGGCGCCGACGACGGCGUGUUGGAACCUCUGCAGACGGUGCCGAGAAGAAGCUCGGCAAGAUGAGCCCCGAGCACAAGGACCUCACAGCGCAGACUGACGCGCUUAAUCGACUGCGUGAAGAGAUGCGCGCAAUGGACGGUGAAAUUGUUCGCGAGGAAGCUGAGUUGGGCGAUUUCAAGAGAAAAUGUGCGAAGAGCUGGAUGCAGGCCAAGUUCGGAGGUCUUGCAGAGUGUUGUGAGAAGGGUGUAAUUGUUGGGGACAUAGGCAAAGCUAUCAUUGCAGAAAUUCCCGAAGACGUGACACAACCAGGACUUCCUCGAACGUAUUAUAGCGCCCACCAACGUGUCGGCGCCCUUGUAUCUGAGGCACAGCGUGGUAUUGCGCAAGUGGCCUUUACGGCUAUCCCAUCUGGCCGCGUCAGCCAAGGAGAGUAUCAACAUACAUCCUCAACCCAGGCCUCGCCACAGAUGCAAGUACAACAGUCGUUGUUGGGAGGUUCUCCCUAUUUACCUGCUCCGCGGGUAGGAAGCGGACUCCAGAUGGGUGGCUUUGGGAGCGAGUCUUUGUCUCCUCCAAAUCCAAACCAGCGCACAGCAUCUGCGGACGAACUUGGCGUCUCCACACCGACCUCGACACAUGCAAGUCAUUUUGCCUCCUUUCCUGCAAGGGGCCCAAGCUUAGGCGUCCUAUCACAUGACGGACCGGCUCCAUCAAGCCCUCCUAUCUCCUACUCGCGGCAAGCAGAUACUAUGGCUUAUAGUCCCUCAGCCCUUCCCGCGCACGAUACCUCGAGCUCUUUGACCAGCUCUAUCGCCGACGCCCUCGCUCGCAGCGAUUCCAAAUCAUUCAGCCCGAAUAUGUCAUCAGUUGAUGAUCCUGCGCCAAAGUACGAGCCGUUCGUGCCCGGGUCAGGUGCUCGAUAUACUGGUAUUGGAGACACGCGCAGAAGCAAGAGUCCAAGUUUGCCGCCAGGAGCGGCUCCUGCUGCAAUUCAAGCAUGGGACGGCGGUAUGGCCGCUGGAAUAGAAGAACACCAGAUUGUAAGCGAAAGCAACGACUACGCGAUGAGUGUCAUGAGUGCAAAUGAACAGGCGAUGAGCAUCGCUGGGCUGAGCGAUAGGCAGAUGUCACAGGAAUCGGUGGGUGGCAUGCCGUAUGAUCGUGACGAGGAGCCCGAAGAUUCCAAAUCAAAUGAAAUAGUACUACAAAGGGCGGACAGAAGAAUGACGUUUGGGACAGAGGAAGAUGAAGCAGAGGCAGAAGGUAGCAGGCCUUUGCCCGAGAGGAUGGAAAGCCAGAGACGUAUCCCGCGUGUGGCUCCACCCGCUGUAGACACUGAGGUACCAACUCCGCCAGAGCGUACCGGGAUCGUGUCUCCGCUCUUACAGCACCCUAGCUCACCUCUGCAGAUACAAACGAAAGGGCAUGCAGAAGAUGGAGACGGAGACGACGAGCACGCACGUAAUGCAGCCGCUGCACGCGAGGUCUCUCGUGAAUUGGAUGCGCUAGCGUUCAGCACACCUGCACCAGUGACCUACUCUACUCAUCCGACUCAAUCCCGAGCCCCACCACAAGGCUCUUACUUGUCAGGGCAGGGUUACCCACCUCAACUACACCAAGAGCUGCAAACCCAUAUCACUCAACAAGUGCCUUCUCAACCGCCCUCGCCUCUUGCACCACCUAAUGCACCGUUCGCUCACCGUUCCGUUUCUCCUCACCCCCAGUUUAACGUAGACUCGGGCGAAUCACGUCCUCUACCGAACAUAGUUGCUUCGAGGAGUAGCUCGCCUCGUCCCACAUCACCUAGACUCCCGCCAUCUUCUCUGUCCUCUGUGCAAUCAUCUGCUUCCACCCCCUACAGGUCACAACCUGAAUACCCACGCCCGCCUCCGCCGUUCUCGUCCCCCCUCAUGGCGAAGUCUACGUCUUCACUAACCUCGGGUGUCCCCGGUGGUCCACCGCGAAUGAUCUCAGCUGCUGCGUUCCGCAGGCCCGGUCGAGCUGGCAGUGAGUCUGGAUCGACGUUGACUUCGGCAGGAUACACUGGGCCAGCAGACACCUCACCUCUAUCCCUCCGUCGCCCACCUGCGUCGCCUGCAUCUUCGAUGUCACGGCAGUCGGGAGCAAUGCGGAGGCUGUCUGUAGUCAACCCAGACCCAGUCCAACCCGAUGAAGAAGAGUUCGAUUACAUAUCAGCAUACACGGGGGGAGACGAGUCAGGGGGUGCGCAGGCGCGGCACAGUGGGGGAUAUGGACAGGGGAGGUAUGUUAGUGACCUUGAAUCUCGAUGAUGACGAAGAUAUCUAUGUUAAAACUUGGGACUGUAUUGCUUUCUUUGCAUGGAAGGGACUUAUUGACACUGUUUAGUAUGUAUGUGCUUUUUCAUUCGUAUUUGUCUUACUGUCAUAUUAAUUCUUCUGUAGUUUGAUUUGCAAUGAAAUCUGUUGUGAUGGGUGA